GCCUUGUUCAAUAGCCAUCUUUGUUGAAAAGCCGAGGGACGGAGCAGUCGAGGAGAGGGAACACACACACACACACACGAAAUAACAACCCUGUGGAACAUCCGAAACUCGAGAAAGAGAAAAACAAAAUGUCAGCCCCAACCCAAGGUGGUGCUGCUCCUGCUGCGGGGGGACCUCCAGGGGCCCCUGGAGACGGAGGGCCACCGCCACCAGUGAACACCACCAGCAACAGGAGGCUGCAGCAAACACAGGCUCAAGUUGAUGAGGUGGUGGAUAUCAUGCGAGUAAAUGUCGACAAGGUGCUUGAACGUGACCAGAAGCUGUCGGAGCUCGAUGAUCGUGCUGAUGCCCUCCAAGCUGGGGCCUCACAAUUUGAAACAAGUGCUGCUAAGCUGAAGAGGAAGUAUUGGUGGAAAAACUGCAAGAUGAUGAUUAUACUUGGAGCAAUAUGUGCAUUCAUUAUCAUCGUUAUCAUAAUUUAUUUCUGCACCUGAGGAGAAGGGAGUCCGUCCGACCGAACAUCCAGCUUCACUUUGCCCUUGUCAGCCAUACCUUCUCCAGUGUCAGAUAUUAUUUAUUAAUCUCUGCUUCUAUCCAUGGUCGUGUUUUUAUCUUGUCUGUAAGUUGCCCUAAUCACUCGAAUGGGUGCAUUGAUUGCUAUCAAAAUCUGCUCAACAAUUUAACCAGCUAUUUACUGCCGAAUAGUGAAGUAGGUUUGUCUUGUACAUUCCAAGGUAAAACUAGCACAAUAUAGAUGGAUUGGCCUUCAACACUUGAAUCCUCUUUCCAAAUAUAACUGUGACAUUUAUUCUGACUUGCCAAGUCAUCAGGAGGUAACAGUCUGAAAUGCCCAAAGCCUUAAAAAUAAUCGAAGGAAACUAGGAAAUAAUGUUUAACUUUGGCAAAUCUGAACAAAUUUUAAAUUUGUUUUGAAUAUGAAGAAAAUGUAAUCAGUAUAUUCCUGAUAUUACAUUUGAUAAUUAAAAAAAUGAAUAAAACUAAGUAUCCAGAGCCACUAAAGCAAAGCAUAAUAAUGAAAUACUAGUAAUGAGCAGUGUGCUUGACAUUUGGUCCUGUCUCAAAUCUCAAAUCACAAAUGACUGAAACUGCAAUUGACUUUAAAACAUAACCAUGGUAACAGAUUAUUUGGUCAUUUUGGUCUAAAUAGUUGUUAUUGUAUUACCAUGGCCUUCAGUUUUCAACAUUCUGUUUUAUCUCUGAGAUGCCCUUUUCGUCAGCUCUGUAUUCACACUAAACACAAGCUGCUUUCUCAGUACAUUUCCAAAUUGUCAGUUGUUAAAAGGCCACUUUGAGCACACUAAACAUUUAACAAAGCGUUCACCAUCAGGUGGAAUGUUUGAAAGAAACUAAAAUGAAGGUCCAAUUCUAUAUAUACCAGUAGUUAGACUAGAAAUACAGCCUAGAGAACAGGGAUGGAUGCAUCAAGAGAGAGACAUACACAUGAAAUGAGUUGUGGCAACUAAUUGAAAUUGAUAUCAAUUUAUGUUGAUCUAACAUUGAUUUGAAACCACUUUGUCCAAAGUCACACUCAUUUUGAUACAGAAACUAAUGAGUGGGUUAAGGUAGGAACUUUGGAAAGCCUUUUCAAAAGACCUAAAUCUUCUUAUCCCCAUUGCAAAAUUCCUACCACAGAGAAAGCUGCUUUAUCCAUCUAUCUUUAUUAUCAUUUUAUAAUAAAGAUGUAACCAAUAAUUUAUCAAUCCCCACCACAAAUGCUAAUAUUUCUACGAAAUGUGGAACCACAACACCCAGGUACGUUUGCUAUGUUAAUCGAAACACCCCUAGUGCUAUUGUCAACAAUGUUUUUGUAAAAUAGCAAUGAUGUCUUGGUUAGAAAGAUGUGUAUUUAACCACAUGGGUUUAAUGGACCAGUCCCCAACAGAACAGAAUGCCCAUGAAUGCUACAAGUGACAUAAACAUUUGCCCCUUCCUUAAUGUUGGUGGCCCGCAGUUAAGACAUAGGUGAGAGUGUGAGGGGGGACUGGCAGGAAGAUGUUCUGUCAUGUUAUACAUCCAUGGUGCAGGAGCUCAUCCUGGAUAUUCAAACCUCCUUUAUUUCUGACAAUUAUGCACAAAAUAUCCAAAAAUUGCCGGAGUAUUUCUCCCAAUAGAGUCUCCGGAACUGACUUACAAUCCUAGGAACUGCAGAUGCUGGUUUAAACCAAAGAUAGACACAAAAUGUUGGAGUUACUCUGGAGAGAAGGAAUGGGUGACAUUUCAGGUCGAGACCUGAAGAAGGGUCUUGACCCGAAACGUCACCCAUUCAUUCUCUACAGAGAUGCUGCCUAUCCCGCUGAGUUACUCCAGCAUUUUGUGUCUAUCUGCAAUCCAAUAUGGCCGUCUGAUCUGAUGGCAAACCAGUUGUGUUUUUGUAGUCAUGGUCUAGUUUAGAGGAUUAUUUAGAUCUGACGUUUAGUUGGUUUGGUUUAAAAAGUUUAGUUUAGAGAUACAGCAUGGAACCAGGCCCUUCAGCCCACUGAGUCCAUGCUAACCAUCGAUCAUCUACUUCCUACAUACUAGGCUGAUUUGGCCAACAGUAUCCAACACCAAACUGCAUCCAACUCAUGAUCAAAACUCUGAUUCGAAGCAGCAGACAAUACCCUGUACCUCUGUUUCAAUGGGACCUUUCAAAUCUAAGGGGCCAUUUGCUGAUAUUUUCACAUUCACUUUGUCUGCUCUGUUUCAUGUUUCAAUUCUUUAUUGAGGGUCUUUUCUUAGUCAGUUGUGCUAAAUUUGUAGAUCCCUUACUGAAAUAUUCAUAUGUGAUAGUCUAUUUUUAAUAAUAUUGGACCAUUAAUUGUUUCCUUCCUCCCUUGAUUAUUGUAUAUAUGGUGUUAACUUCCAAGAUCUUUGACUAACAUGUGAUUAGUAAUGUGCUAUCCUCUAAAACUGUGAAAGGAGAACUUCAGAAUUCAUACAUAUGUAUUUGCUAAAUAUGUAGUAAGUCAUUUGCUUGUACAAGGAUUCUGUGAGCUGUGUAUAUUCUCAUACUGAAUAUGUGAUUCCAGUAUUGUUCACAAAUGUACAAAAGUUGUGCUUUCAUCUCCACUGCACCCUGACCCGCCAGCCUGCACCCAUUCCAUUUUAUUUUUAACAACCUCCCUUGUUACUUCUCGUUCUCCGUACACUGUCAACAGUUGUGAGGGAUGUUAAUUGGUCAACUAGUUCUGUUGAUGCGCCCCCAGUGUUAGUCACUCGGAGUUGUACAGCUGUAGCCUUUCCAGUUUUCCUACAACUUGCUUCUCAAUUCCUCUUGCUGUAUAACUCCUAAGUUUUUUUCUCUAUGUCAAACCAGUCAACAACAACAUUUGCAACUCACUGGGUGGAAAUUGAGAGUGUCACCUCUCUUGCUAUCAUGUGCUACAGUACCUUGGUACUUCAGUGCUCUGAGCUACUGUGCCAUCCAGCUUUGCAACUUGGAUAUUCUUUCAAAUUGCUGUGUUACCUUAAUCAUCUAUAUUCACAAAACAGUCAGAAGUUUACAGUCAGUUCUAAAAGAGACAGAUGCUUUAUUUAAAUUAUUUUUGUUUUAAAAGCAACUCCUCCCAAUAUAUUUCUGUUGGACUAGGUUACACAAUGGCCGCACACGGUAUAUAUACAGUGGAGUUUUUGUUAUCCAGAUAUAAUGGGCCAAAUCUUGCCCGCCCAGACCAGCGCACUGCUGUGUCUCCCCUUGCCUCGACUAGUUUGGUCUGGAUGGGAAAGAUCUGUCUGGCUGGCCUGAAGCAUUCUCGAGUCGAAGAGUGUGGUCUCUUCCCUUAAUAUACAGAAACAUUGACAGAACUGAACUCGUACAGCACGGAAACAGCCCCUUCGGCCCAAUGCAUCCAUCCGAACAAGAUGUGUCAUCGAAGCUUGUCCCAUUGGCCUGUCUAUGGCCCGUAUCCCUCAAAACCUUUCCAGUACAUGUACAUGUCCAAGUGUCUUUUAAAUGCUCUCAUAGUCCCUCCACUGGUAACUUGUUACAUGUACCCACCACCCUGUGAGUGGAAUAGUUGCCUUUCAGGUUCCCAUUAUAGCUUGUCCCUCUCAGCUGGGGCAAUGGAGGACCCAGCAUGGGGGAGAUGGGGAGGAGAACAAUGGAUAAUUGGGGAGGGAGGGAGAACAAAGGA